AUGUCAUCCGGAUUCGCCGCCGAGAUGCAGGUCCGCGACAACAUCAAGACGCUCUGCUCGCGCAUGCAAACGCUCCUCCACCGCCGCUCCAAGCAGCCCAAGCGCGGCAUCGAAAUCUCUGCUCCCUUUGACUACAGGCUCGAGGACGUCUCCCUCCCCGGCAUCUCUCACGACGAGCUCUCCAUCCUCCGCGAAAAGGCCACCGCCAGCCGCGUCGGCAUCACCGAGUACAUUCCUCGCUCCUCGUCGUCCAUGACCUCGUGGGAGACGCCAUCUCAGACAUUUGUCUACAACCGCCAAAAUACCCCUCUCUACACACACGCACGCCGACCCGUCUGGUAG